GCCGGCCCGGAACUGGGUCGUGGAAGGAUAGCUGCAGCGGCUCUCAGGCCUCCAGCCUCACUGCGUCCCCGCUUCCCCGCGCCCGCCUGCCGCAGAGCCCAGCUGGGGGUGGGCGCGGUGCGAGCUGUUAAAGGGCCGGUGCAUUUAAAGGAGCCGUGCACGUGGGUCUCAAGGCGUGUAGCAGGCGGGGGCGUUUUGUUCUUGCUCUCUCUCUCGCCUGAGACCUCCGUUGUGCCGACUCCGUCCGGCCUCCAGCACCCGGCCCUCGGCCUGCUUUCCCCGGGAAGGAGGCGCGCUGGGGGGUCUGCUCGCACGUGAGGGGCAGGGCCACAGGCCCAGGCCUAGAGCCGGUUUGUGUUAGCAGUGGUGUUCGGCUGUUUUAUCAGGCAUUUGCAGCUGUGAGGAGACAGUCGGAAGGUUUUGGAGCUGAGGGAACCUGUGACAGAAGCUAGUUCCCACCCGAAUUUUACUGAUGAAGAAACUGAGGCCACAGAGCUAAAGUGACUUUUCCCAAGGUCGCCCAGGUGCUUCCCGAGGCAGGGCUAUGCUAACAUUCAUGGCUUCUGACAGCGAGGAAGAAGUGUGUGACGAGCGGACGUCCCUGAUGUCGGCCGAGAGCCCCACACCGCAUUCCUGCCAGGAGGGCAGGCAGGGCCAGGAGGAUGGAGAGAACACUGCCCAGUGGAGAAGCCAGGAGAACGAGGAGGACGGUGAGGAGGACCCUGACCGCUACGUCUGUAGUGGAGUUCCUGGGCGGCCAUCAGGCCUGGAGGAAGAGCUGACUCUCAAGUAUGGGGCGAAGCACGUGAUCAUGCUCUUUGUGCCUGUCACUCUGUGCAUGAUCGUGGUGGUAGCCACCAUCAAGUCUGUGCGUUUCUACACGGAGAAGAAUGGACAGCUCAUCUACACGCCGUUCACUGAGGACACGCCCUCGGUGGGCCAGCGCCUCCUCAACUCCGUGCUCAACACCCUCAUCAUGAUUAGUGUCAUCGUGGUCAUGACCAUCUUCUUGGUGGUGCUCUACAAGUACCGCUGUUACAAGUUCAUCCAUGGCUGGUUGAUCAUGUCUUCCCUGAUGCUGCUGUUCCUCUUCACCUAUAUCUACCUUGGGGAAGUGCUUAAGACCUACAACGUUGCCAUGGACUACCCCACCCUCUUGCUGACAGUCUGGAACUUUGGGGCGGUGGGCAUGGUGUGCAUCCACUGGAAGGGGCCGCUGGUGUUGCAGCAGGCCUACCUCAUCAUGAUCAGCGCACUCAUGGCCUUGGUGUUCAUCAAGUACCUCCCAGAGUGGUCCGCGUGGGUCAUCUUGGGCGCCAUCUCUGUGUAUGAUCUUGUGGCUGUGCUGUGUCCCAAAGGGCCUCUGAGAAUGCUGGUAGAAACUGCCCAGGAGAGAAACGAGCCCAUAUUCCCUGCCCUGAUAUACUCAUCCGCCAUGGUGUGGACAGUGGGCAUGGCGAAGCUGGACCCCUCUUCUCAGGGCGCCCUCCAGCUCCCCUACGACCCAGAGAUGGAAGAAGACUCCUAUGACAGUUUUGGCGAGCCUUCAUACCCUGAAGUCUUUGAGCCUCCCCUGACUGGAUACCCAGGGGAGGAGCUGGAGGAAGAGGAGGAAAGGGGCGUGAAGCUUGGCCUUGGGGACUUCAUCUUCUACAGCGUGCUGGUGGGCAAGGCGGCAGCCACGGGCAGCGGAGACUGGAACACCACGCUGGCCUGCUUCGUGGCCAUCCUCAUUGGCUUGUGUCUGACCCUCCUGCUGCUUGCUGUGUUCAAGAAGGCGCUGCCCGCGCUCCCCAUCUCCAUCACGUUCGGGCUCAUCUUUUACUUCUCCACGGACAAUGUGGUACGGCCGUUCAUGGACACGCUGGCCUCCCAUCAGCUGUACAUCUGAGGGACGCGGUGCGCCACAGGCCGCAAGCUGCAGGGAAUUUUCACUGGAUGCAGUUGUAUAGUUUUACACUCUAGUGCCAUAUAUUUUUAAGACUUUUCUUUCCUUAAAAAAAUUUAAAAACGUAUGUGUUUACUUGGUGAGGACGAAGCAGAACCAGCUCUGUGGUACCAGCUGUUUCAUCACCAGACUUUGGUUCCCCCUCUGGUUCCGCCUCACUUCACGGACAGGAGGCACAGCAGGUUUACCCAGAUGAACUGAGAAGGUCAGGUCAGGGCGGGGAGAGGAGCAUCCAGCACGCCCCCGAGGGCCAAGAUGCAUGAAGAUGUGCCUCUGUUCAGGAUCAGGACCACGUGCUUGGGAGUGGCCCCUGGCACCUGGAUGCUCUGGCAGGCAAAGAAAAGCCAGUUCCUUACGAGGAGUGUUCUCAGUGCUUUGUCCGUGAUGUCCUUGUUAUUUUACUACUUUUAGAAGCUGAGUCCUGUUCUUGUUACGGCAGUCACAUUGCUGGGAAGUGGCUUAAUAGUAAUACCAAUAAAUAGAUGAGUCCUGUUGGAA